GUAUCAAGUAGCCCAAUCCCCUGCCUUCCCAGUUCCCACUUCCGUUUCGGAAAAAGAAAAACCCUUCUCAAAUAAGUAGCUCUGCUCUCACCCCUCAGGAGACUCAGAACCCUAGUAAAUUGCAGCGCCGUUCAACCCUCUCUCACCUUAUUCCCUCGCUCUCUGCUCCCAUCAAGGUAGAAACAAUGUCGUUCGGGGAGGUUGCUUGCAGCUACGCCGUCAUGAUUCUCCACGACGAUGGCAUCCCCAUCACUGCUGAGAAAAUCAGCGCAUUGGUUAAGGCUGCCAACGUGAACGUCGAGUCUUACUGGCCAAGCUUGUUCGCCAAGUUGGCUGAGAAGCGCAAUGUUGAUGACCUGAUCAUGAACGUUGGUACUGGUGGCGGCGGUCCUGCUGCUGUUGCUGCUCCAGCUGGUGGUGCCGCUGCUCCGGCUGCUGCGGCUGCCCCUGCUGCUGAGGAGAAGAAGAAGGAAGAGCCUCAGGAAGAGAGUGAUGAGGACCUGGGUUUCGGCCUCUUUGAUUAGAGAACAGAUGGCAUCAGUAUGGUUUAGUCUUCUUCUCGUACCUGAAGUUUUGGUUUUAAUUGUAGUUGGUAGUCUGUUGGCGGACUGAGGCCUUGUUUUAGUUACGAUUAAGAACGGAAGGUUAUGGUGUUGGAACUUUGGAAUGGUAAUUGACCUGUUAGUCGCUUAAUCGCAGUGCAGUAUCUUCUGGUUUUUACAGAGUUAUGCAAUGCCCUUUGCUCACUUGAAUUUUUUCUAUCCUGCCUUGUGUUGUUUAAGAUCCUUUUUGGUAGUGGUUUGAGCUUGUUUGUGGUGUAGUUUGUCGAAUUUGAUUCUCAUCGGAUGGAUAGCUUGAUAAAAUGCAACAGUGGCAAUUGCUAUAAAUGAACUGUUUGUCUCUGAGACCCGAUACGUAAGAACAAGAUCGUCCUCGUUUUUGGCCUGAGGCUAUUUUUAAACGAUGAUUAAGUC